GCCACCUUUUUUUUUUUUUUUCCUUAAAUUACACGCUGGGCUGUUGUGCACCCUCUGAUUUCUCCACCAAAUAAACCCUAACGAGCUCCCAAACCAAAACCCUCAUCAAGUCCAUCAAGCGUUGCCGCAUCGCCCUCCUCUCUAAUGGCUACUAUACCAGUUAAUCCCAAGCCUUUCCUGAACAAUUUGACUGGGAAGCCUGUUAUUGUAAAAUUGAAGUGGGGGAUGGAGUAUAAGGGUUUUCUUGUUUCAGUUGAUUCCUAUAUGAACUUGCAGCUCGCCAACACAGAAGAGUAUAUAGAGGGCCAGUUCACUGGAAAUUUAGGUGAAGUUUUAAUCAGAUGCAACAACGUUCUCUACCUUCGCGGAGUACCAGAGGAUGAAGAAAUCGAAGAUGCCGAACAAGAUUAGAAUGACCAAAGUGCAUAGUGGUUGUGGCCUCAACAGAACUCCGUUUUACCCCUCAAUCAAAUGUUGCAUUGUCUGUACUUAUUAAUGUAGAGAUUGAGAUUAAGAUCAGUGAUGCCUAUCUGUGAAUUGGGUGACCAUGAACUUGUCGAUGCGUGGCGGGUAAAUCUCAUGUUGGCUAAUGGCCUUUUCAUGUUUCAAUUAAUAUGUAUGAAAUUCAGAGGAGAUUGCACUAUUUGAAGGUCAUGAACAGUGAAUCUUUUUAUUCAAUUGGCUGUUUAGCCGAAGGAUUUUUGGCCUGUGAUCA